ACAAAAGUCCUGCGUGAGCCUGUGUAUGUUGAGGUGCGCAUAAUGGAGAGGACAGACCCCAACAUUGUCCUGAUUCUGGGACGCUGCUGGGCAACUUCAACCCCCAGUCCACUCAGUCUACCUCAGUGGGACCUUCUGGUUGAUGGAUGCCCUUACCAGGAUGACCGUUACCUGACCACAUUGGUUCCAGUGACUGGAUCAUCUGGGCUUCAGUUCCCAACCCACUACAAGCGCUUUAUUGUGAAGAUGUUCACGUUUGUGGAUCCAGCAUCACUGGCUCCUUUGCAGGAAACGGUAUGCUCCCCUUACUUGACCCUUUAA